AUGGCCUCAAAGAGAAUCCUGAAGGAGCUUAAGGAUCUCCAGAAGGAUCCUCCCACGUCUUGCAGCGCAGGUGCCCUCUGAUCGACGGUUGUCCUGAUUCAUUCCAACUGGGACAUGGAUAUGGGUCUCGGUUAUGUUUCGUGUCCUUUGCAGGAUUGCGUCAUUGCGUUUGAUUUUAUUUUAAGUUUUACGUUUGAUCUUUGGCCGUAGUUAGUUGUACGUUCGUGAUCCGUAGAAAAAUGGAUUAGGAGACGCUGGAUGGAAAAAUGCGGAUGAGUAAUCGCUGGCGUCGGCCUCCUAGUUUUUUCAGAUGGAUUUUGGGUGAAUUGAUUCCACGGUGACUGGGGACAUUUUGUCCCCGUGUCUGAUCGUGGUGUGCUCAUGGACAUAGGGGAUUAACAUACAUAUGGAUUUUCCGUCAUACGAAGAAUGAUUAUCCGAGCAACAAUCGGAGUCGGAUUUGCGUUUGUUUCAUGUUUUUCUUUUUCUUGUGCCUUGUGAUCACUCUUGGGGCUGAUCUGAGUCAUUUUUAUUCAUUCUUAUAAUAUCGGAGUUCUAAAGAAGAAAGUGGGCGAAAAAUUUCUGGAGAACAAAUCUUUCGUUCCCACUGGUUAUGGGACCUGAAGGGUCACGAUACCUAGGAGUUUAAACUAGUUGCAGGUCUUCAGGUGAAGGCGAAAGUGACUGAAAAGAUCGAAAUUUCUCGAACCCGACUGCAAUUGGUUUGCCUUUCUUGUCAAAUUUUUUCAGUACAUUUAUUCAUCUGGUCUGUCAAGGCAUUUAGUCAAUUUUCCGAAGGACCCUUAGCACUGCCAAGAGGGAGGCAAAAGCUAGUAUGGUCGUCUGCUUUAACAUUGUCAUGCACAUUAAAGUAGCCGAAUGACCAAAGUAGGAAAUUUAAAUAUAUGCGUCAGAUCAGAUGUGUAAUACAGGAUUACAAGUCAAACUCAUUAGUGGCCCGAAUAUAAUGGAAGGAAGUCGAUAUGCAAAGAGAUGGAGGUUGGUUGGAAAACAUUUCACCAUGCAAAGAAACUAAUUUAUAGGUAAUAUCAUCUUAGCUCAUCUCAUGAAUCCAGAAGUGGAUAAACGACAUGGAGGAGAAAGUAGGGCCUAAUCAAGGUUUAUUGUGACUCAUGAAUGGUAAUGGUUGUAAGAGAAAAAAUUACCAAAUGGGCUAUCAAAGAUGGGUAGUAUGUGAUCAUGACAAGUCGAGGCAGGAUGGUCAUCAUUAAUAAUUUUAAAAGGAAGAAUUCAGGUGGUAAUCUGUAGCUUUCUAUCGCUGGUUUCUGCAGAACCAUGAAUGCAUAACAUGAGUUGUCCUCAUUGACAAGUUAGAUGUUCAAGGGACUGCGGAAUCUUGAGAGCGUUGUGUUAAAAAAAGGUUAAGUAAUCUUCACGUUUAUCAAAAUCUCUGUUGGAGGGCCCCUCACUUUUUAUCUUGUUAGGUUAAGGUCGUCAUGUUCAUGGUUUUUCUGUUUUUCUGGUAAAUAAGAUGCUACCGUGAUGUUAAGUGGCUUCUAUUUUUUGGGUUGGGAACCGACUCCUUCGAAUUUUUUAUUCUAAAAUAAAAUUGACUCUUAUUAAAAAAAUCUCAAUUUUUACUGUCUCCUACUCGAAAAACCCGCUACCCUUGCACAACCAGUGCAUUGACCUUCAUAAAUAUCAUGUAUUGGAUCGUAUGUCUGAUAUUUUGAUUUGCUCGUGCUUCCAUCCUUUUGGUGUAAUUCACUGCAUUUUUUAUGAUUUACAGGUCCGGUAGCUGAAGAUAUGUUUCAUUGGCAAGCAACUAUUAUGGGCCCGCCUGACAGUCCCUAUUCUGGUGGUGUGUUUGUAGUUACUAUUCAUUUCCCUCCGGAUUAUCCCUUCAAACCACCAAAGGUACUCGACUUCACUCAGCCCUAGUUUGUAUAUCCUGUGUUUUUCAUGCAAUCAGUGGUAUUUCUAUCGCAUUUGGUUUUCUGAAUUCUCUUCAUGUUUGUUGAUGGUGGUAAAUUUAAUCAUCGGUAGGGUUUCCUCUCAUACACUUUGAUACCCAUGAUCAGCUUGAGCGAUUACGUCACAGGUGAUAGAACGGCUGACAGAUGCCCAUGAACAAUCUGCUCACCAUUAUUUGUGAAUGUGCACAGUUCUUUGCUCAGAUCUUCUCGAUUUUUUGUUUGAAUAGGGAGGGCAAAUAAAAAAGCCUGUUCUUCAUAUGUGGGAAUUUUUUUUGCUGUUUUUGGCUCGUAUGGGUCAGCGUUAAGUUGACUUUUGGAUAACAUCAAGUCAGCUGGAUGGCAAUAUCAAAUGCAAUUCCCUUAAAAACUCGUUGUGCUUAUAUAUUGUUAAAUCUUCCUAUGCAGGCAUGGUGAAAGUUUCCGAAUUACUUAGUUUUUCUUCUUUUUUUUCAGACUUUUACGCCAGUUGUUUUCUUCCAUUUGGUUGUCUGAUGUCUGGACGAAUUAUUUAGAAAUUGGCCACUCUUUCGUCAACUCCUGGAGAGAGAGAGAGAGAGAGAGAGAGAGAGAGAGAGAGAGAGAGAGAGAGAGAGAGAGAGAGAGAGAGAGAGUAAUUAUGAAUUAGCCUAAAAUGAUUUUCUGAUCAUAAAGAUUUUACAUUAUCUAAAAUUAUAAAUGCGUAGAAUAUAUUAAAUUCGAAAUAAUUGCUGUUGUAGAGGCAGCACUCGAUCUCCCCUUGGAGAUCCGCGGCAUCUGAUGGUGGACCUUGCAGGUGGCUUUCCGGACCAAGGUAUUCCACCCGAACAUCAACAGCAACGGAAGCAUCUGCUUGGACAUCCUCAAGGAGCAGUGGAGCCCUGCCCUCACCAUCUCCAAGGUUCCUCUCUCUCUCUCUCUCUCCCCACCUUCGUCUUCCAUCGAGUGGACCAUUCCAUUGAGUGCACCAUUCGACUGGGCUCAGGUGCUGCUGUCGAUUUGCUCCCUGCUGACGGACCCGAACCCAGAUGACCCGCUGGUGCCAGAGAUCGCCCACAUGUACAAGACCGACAGGGCCAAAUACGAGGCCACCGCCCGGAGCUGGACCCAGAAGUAUGCCAUGGGUUGA